AUGUCAACAUUGACACCACCAACAUUUUUAACAGUAGAAUUAUGCCAAACAGCAUUUAACAAUUUAUUUAAAUUAUAUUAUACAGAUCAUGACCAUAGUGAAGAGGAGGGGGGUGGUCAUGAAGGACAUAUUCAUGCUGGUGUUACGUGUGAAGAAGAUCCAGAUAAACAAUAUUCCAAACCAAUUCAUAUAGCAGCAGUUUUCAUUAUUCUUGGUGUAAGCUUUCUUGGUACGAUGAUACCAAUUUUAGCAACCCAUAUAAAACAAUUAAGAAUUCCAAGAUAUGCAAUCAUCGUUGGUAAAUCCAUCGGUAUUGGUGUUGUAUUGUCAUGUGCUUUCAUUCACAUGUUACUACCAGCCGUCAUUUCUCUCACAUCGGAAUGUUUACCAGAAUCAUGGCAUGAGGGUUACGAAGCCUAUCCAUACCUCUUUGCCCUUCUUGCUGGUAUCGUUAUGCAAUUCAUUGAUUUCGUAGUUCUCCAAUACUUAACUAACAAAGAGGCUAAAAAACAUUUAUCAUCUUCAAAUGACAAUAUCUCACUUCACGAUGUUCAUACUCCAGGUGGUGGUGAUGGCCAUACUCCAGGUGGUGACGAACAUUCAAAAUCCCAUUGUCACGCUCCAAGUGGUGCUCAUGGAAGUCAUGUCCAUGGUGGACUUUUAAUGGAUCCAGCUGCUCUUAAAACUAUUGAAGCUUAUUUAUUAGAAUUUGGUAUUACAGUUCAUUCAGUUUUCAUUGGUUUGGCUGUUGGUGUUGUUGAUGAUUCAACUUUAAAAGCUUUAUUAGUUGCAUUAGCAUUCCAUCAAUUUUUUGAAGGUGUUGCACUUGGUUCUAGAAUUUCAGAUGCUAAAUUAACAUCACAUUGGCAUGAAGCUUUAUUAACAUCAAUUUUUGCAGUUUCAGCACCAAUUGGUAUUGCAAUUGGUGUAGGUGUUGCCUCUUCUUUAAAUGUUAAUGGUCCAACCUAUUUAAUUGUUCAAGGUGUUUUUGAUAGUGUUUGUGCUGGUAUUUUACUUUACAUCGGUUUCUCUUUAAUGAUUAAAGAUUUCCCUGAAGAUAUGGAAGAAUUAUGUAGAGGUAAAAAAUAUGAAUACUUUUUACGUGCUGGUUUAUUUAUAGGUCUCUGGGUUGGUGCUGCAAUGAUGGCUUUCAUUGGAAAAUAUUUGUAA